UGAACUUCGCGAUGAGCUAGUACAUGUAAUAGUCAACGACUAUGUCUACGUUGACGCUGGCUUAGUUCAACUUCAGAUGACCCCUUUUGAUAUACAGAUAAUAGUUCCUUACCAUUUCCCCUUGGAAUGCCGGAAAGACUCGGUAGAGAAAUUUCUACAAAAAUUGUGGGCAGACGCUGUCAAAAGAAAAACCAAAGGGCAAAGUAUACUUGACAUGCAGAACCAAGAACAGCCCAAGCCAGCGACCUCGAAAAUCAGGGCCAGUUGGACUGAAAAUACUGGAUUAGAUGAAGGUGGGGUACCACCAGAGCCUGCACCUGCUCCCCAACAAGAUAAAAAGUCUGAAGAUUCUGCUAGCAUUAAAGAAAAAAUAGAUGUCCAGCCUGAGAUUCCGAAAACAUUCACUUUUACGAACAUUAUACAGAAGCAUGAGAGAUACAGACGAUGGCUAAUGUCUGAUAUAAAAAGUAAAGCUGCUCAACGAAGGUUGUAUUUCCUGGAAACUGCUCAGCAAGCACCGGACGAAUUGAAACACAGGGCUGCAAAUAUUAUCCAGAAAGUUCACAGGCUCUAUAUGAAAGAGAAACGUGAAAAAGUGAAACAAGUGAAGAGAGACACCAUAUUGGGUUUAAUUCCAGACGCAUUCAAAACAGGCCUAAGUUAUAUCGAGGAGAAUAACAAAAUAUACGAAAGGCGAAAGAUGACAAGACUAAAAAUAAACACGACAUAUUUAAAAGAAUUAGAAAAAGAAAACACACGAAUACUUAUGUUCAAGAAGGGAAACCAAAUAGAUGAUAUCACUGAUGAGAUCAGGAACUGGUUUAAAGAAUGGUUCUACGGUUAUGGCUUCUUUCCUGAAUUCCCCUAUGAAGUCGAAGGCGGUACCAUACUAGUUGUCAGAGGCGACUAUCCAACUAUAGAAGAAAAACAAGAAAUGGAUGAAAAAACAUUAAAAGAAACUAAAGGGAAAACGAAAGAACAGAUGAAAGAAGAAAGGGCUAGAUUGAAAGAAGAAAACAAAAUGAAAGCUAAGAUGGCAAAAGAAGCAAAGCGAAAAGAAGAUGAGAACUUAGUGAAGGCACGAUGCAACCCCUUCUCUGACCCUGGGCUCUCAUAG